AUGCAUCCAACCAAUAUAGACCCUGGGUCAAAUGAAUAUCAUGAUGAAGAAGAACACCCAUUUACUGAGGAGAGUAAGCAGAAGGCAAUGGAAUCAAUGGCCCCCAUUUUAGAGGGAUUCAAUCCUAAAACCUCUAUCAGUGAAAAUAAAUCAUAUAAACUUCCUCCAACUGGUACCUCUAGAUCUGAUUCUAUCGAUGAAUUUGAUCUAGAUAAUGGUAUUCCUAUCGAAGUGGAAACACAACCAUGCCAUGAAACAGAACCUGACUUGAUUAGUCCGAAAACUCAUACAUUUGAUGCGACGUUUUUAAAAGAAUUUCCAAAAACAGAUAAACCGGCACCAUCUGUGGACCCUACUUUGGUCAAUAACCCUUAUGAUAAUUAUUCACGUGAAAAUUCUACUCCGUUAGUUGACACCAAUGAAUCUAUCGCAUCUGCUUCAACCUCUCAUCUUUCGGUUACGUCACAAGCAAUUCCUUCCUCAACACCUAGCUCUACUGCAUCGUCUAGGAAAUCUUCGACUAGUCAACCAAAACCUGUAUUACCAAAGAUUGGUAAGAUCGGUAUUUGUGCAAUGGAUGCCAAAGUAUUAUCUAAGCCAAUGCGUCAUAUUUUAAAUCGUUUAAUUGAACAUGGCGAAUUCGAAACGAUAAUCUUUGGCGAUAAAGUAAUCCUGGAUGAAACUAUCGAAAACUGGCCUACUUGUGAUUUCCUUAUCUCGUUCUUCUCUUCUGGAUUUCCUUUAGAUAAAGCCAUUAAUUAUGUAAAGUUGAGAAAACCAUACUUCAUUAAUGACUUAGUGAUGCAGAGAGCUCUAUGGGAUAGACGUUUAUGCCUACAAAUUCUUGAAGCAAAUCAUGUUCCAACACCACCUAGAUUAGAAAUAACUAGAGAUGGUGGCCCACACGCAGACGAAGAGUUAAAGGCGAAACUAUUGGAAAGAGGUGUGGUAGUUUCUCAUACACCUGAACCAGUAUGGAGAAUGCGUGACGAAGAUACUUUAGAGGUGAAUGGUAAGAUUAUGAAGAAACCAUUUGUUGAGAAGCCAGUGGAUGGAGAAGAUCACAAUAUCUACAUUUACUAUCACUCCAAAAAUGGCGGUGGUGGUAGAAGAUUGUUCCGUAAAGUUGGGAAUAAAUCAUCUGAAUUUGAUCCGACUUUAAUAAACCCAAGAACAGAUGGUUCCUAUAUAUACGAAGAAUUUAUGGAUACUGAUAAUUUUGAAGAUGUCAAAGCUUAUACUGUUGGAGAGAAAUUUUGUCAUGCAGAGACAAGAAAAUCACCAGUAGUAGACGGUAUUGUUAGAAGAAAUACUCAUGGUAAGGAAGUCAGAUACAUAACUGAAUUAACCACAGAAGAAAAAGACAUGGCGAGACAUGUAUCUAAGGCAUUUUCUCAGAUGAUAUGUGGGUUUGAUUUAUUACGAGUCUCUGGUAAGAGUUACGUUAUUGAUGUAAAUGGGUUUUCUUUUGUUAAGGAUAACCCAUCAUACUACGAUUCAUGUGCAAGGAUACUAAGAGAGACAUUUUUACAGGCAAAGAAGAAACUUGACGUAGAAAAGAGAACUUUACCGCUGAUUAGAGAGGAAAAGAGCCAAAAAUGGGUUUUCAAAGGUCUAGUAACUGUUAUUCGUCACGCAGAUAGGACACCCAAACAAAAAUUUAAACAUUCUUUCACAUCUCCAAUAUUUAUUUCCUUGUUGAAGGGCCAUAAAGAAGAAGUUGUAAUCCGUCAUGUCUCAGAUUUAAAGAUCGUCUUACAGGCGCUACAAAUUGCAAGAGAACAAAAAGCUGGAGAUCCUGCUAAAAUUAAAGUUUUAUCCAACGCUUUAGAGAAAAAAAUGGAACUACCUGGGACAAAGAUUCAAUUAAAACCUGUGCUAAAUGAAGAUAAUGAAGUUGAAAAGGUGCAGUUUAUCCUAAAAUGGGGUGGCGAGCCAACACAUUCGGCUAAAUACCAAGCUACUGAAUUAGGGGAACAAGUUAGACAAGAUUUUGAUUUGCUUAACAAAAGUAUUUUGGAUGAUAUCAAAAUAUUCUCUUCAUCUGAGAGAAGGGUUCUCCUCUCUGCACAAUACUGGACAAUGGCUUUAUUUGGAGCAGAUAAAUUAGGUAGUGAUGAAAUUAGUAUAAGAAAAGAUUUAUUAGAUGAUAGUAAUGCUGCAAAAGAUUUGAUGGAUAAGGUGAAAAAGAAGUUGAAACCUCUUUUGAGGGAGGGUAAAGAGGCACCGUCUCAAUUUGCUUGGCCCGCUAAGAUGCCCGAACCUUACCUAGUUAUCAAAAGAGUGGUUGAGCUGAUGAAUUAUCACAAAAAAAUUAUGGAUUGUAAUUUUAAAAAUAAGGAUGUUGACAAAUUCCAAUCCAGAUGGUGUUGUAACGAGGACCCUAGCUUAUUCAAGGAGAGAUGGGAAAAACUAUUUAAAGAGUUCACGAGCGUAGAGAAAGUAGAUCCAUCUAAAAUCUCGGAAUUGUAUGACACAAUGAAGUAUGACGCCCUACAUAAUAGAAAGUUCUUAGCCAAAAUUUUUGAUCCUGUCGAAUCCCAAGAUGAAAUAGAUCAAGAAGUUAUUGACCAUUCGCUAGUGGAUCGUUAUCCAAUCAACGUCUUAGCAAAGAACAAUUUCAAAAUCGUGGAUAGUCACAGUACAGCUAGUAGUAAAACUAGCGUAGGCUCCCUUGGAUGGGUCUUGGAGAGUGAGAAACGACCAAAGAGGGACAAUGCAUCUACAUUUGAUGACACCAAAUAUAUUCAAUUGAGAGAGUUAUACAAAUUGGCUAAAGUUUUAUUUGAUUUUAUAUGUCCAAAGGAAUACGGUAUUAAGGAUAGUGAAAAAUUGGAUAUUGGUCUUUUAACCUCUCUACCAUUGGCUAAGCAAAUUUUAAAUGAUAUUGACGACAUGAAAAACAAAGACAAACCAGCUUGCGUUGCAUAUUUUACAAAAGAAUCACACAUUUACACUCUUCUAAAUAUUGUGUAUGAGGCUGGUAUCCCAAUGAGAAUUGCAAGAAAUGCCUUGCCAGAAUUCGACUAUUUAUCCCAAAUCAAUUUUGAAUUAUACGAGAGUAGUGACAUUAAUGGAGCUAAAUCACAUUCUAUUAGAUUGAAAAUGUCUCCAGGUUGUCAUACACAAGAUCCAUUAGAUGUACAACUAGAUGAAAGACACUACAUCAGUUGUAUCCCUAAGUUAUCAUUAACAAAGCAUCUUGACAUAGACUAUGUCCAACAAAAACUGAGAAAUAAAUUUGGAAGAGUUAAUAUGCCACAAAAAUUCACACCUGUGAAUAUUACAAGCCCUAACUUAAGUUUCCAAAAAAGGAGAAACUCAAAAGUUGGAAAAGAUGUGAAAGUGGUUAAUGACCUAGAUUCCGGGAAUUCAUCUCUCUCAAUCUCCCCAAUUCCAACAAGUGCUACGCCAAAUAUUUCAUCUACUUCGAUUGAUGACAAAUUAGAGUGA